AUGGAGGCGACUCUCGCAGAGGCUUUGUGGUCCACCGAUCAGGAGGCCAUUAAUCUCGCCUGGGAGAUCGAGAGACUUGACACACAUCCCACUCUGGAACUCUCCACGAUUGUCACUAUUGUCGACGCUGCGCCGGAUGAGGAGGCUCAAGUUCAAGCUGUUCUGGUCAGACUGGCGCAGAGGGGCGAUUACGACCCUCUGAUCACUGAACUUGCGAUUGCAACAGUCGGUCCUCAUGACACGGAUGCCAUUGUCGACUUCCUAGACUACAUGACUGUCAGAAAGAUAGAUCACACACAGGCUGCAUGUGGAAAGAAGUUGAUCCGAUGUGUGGCCUGCGAAGAACAACUNCCNCCCAAGGAUCUCAUUCUCACCUCCUGCGGACACUGUUACUGCGGCUCGUGUCUCAGCAUGGUUUUCAACGCAGCCGUAUCGGACGAGUCGCUUUAUCCUCCCAGAUGUUGUGCCAACAAACUAAUCCCUCUUGAGCACGCAGUACGAUUUCUGGAGCCUGAGUUUGGAACGAAAUUCGAAGAGAAAGGCUUGGAGUAUGAAACAAUCGACAGAACAUACUGCUCGGACCCCACAUGCUCGACAUUCAUACAUCCUGAUGGUAUUUACAGCAUUGACGCACAGUGCUCGAGCUGUGGCAAAGAAACUUGUGUCAUCUGCAAAGCCCCAGCUCAUGGAGGGGACUGUCCUGCGGAUCUGGAUUUAGCCGCGUUGCUCAGAUUCGCCGAAGAGAUGCACUGGCAGCGUUGCUACAACUGCCUGAGAGUCGUACAGAGGCAGGAUGGCUGUAACCAUAUGGAGUAA